GUUUCAUCCGACGAGCAAAGACCAGAAGCAGCGUGGUCACUUUGUUUGUAGGUAAACGGAGUUAAAGCAGGUGUUUGUAAGCUAACAGUUUAGAGGGGAAGAUGAACGGCCAGCUGAACGGUUUCCAUAACAACUCGCUAAUUGAUGAAGACUGCUUCCUCUUCACCUCUGAGUCGGUCGGUGAAGGACACCCUGAUAAGAUCUGUGACCAAAUCAGUGAUGCUGUGUUGGAUGCUCACCUUAGACAAGACCCUGACGCCAAAGUAGCAUGCGAGACUGUUGCUAAGACGGGGAUGAUCCUGCUGGCAGGGGAGAUCACCUCUAGGGCCAACGUCGACUACCAGAAGGUUGUCAGGGACACAAUCAGACACAUUGGUUAUGACGACUCCUCCAAAGGUUUUGACUAUAAAACCUGCAAUGUGCUGGUGGCGUUGGAGCAGCAGUCCCCUGACAUUGCACAGGGCGUUCACCUUGACCGAAAAGAAGAGGACGUGGGAGCCGGUGACCAGGGUCUGAUGUUUGGGUAUGCCACUGAUGAGACGGAGGAGUGUAUGCCCCUCACGAUUGUCCUGGCCCACAAGCUCAAUGCCAAGAUGGCUGAAUUGCGCCGCGAUGGAACACUACCGUGGCUCCGACCUGAUUCCAAAACUCAGGUGACUGUUCAGUACAGGCAGGAUCGAGGCGCUAUGGUGCCGCUGCGUGUCCACACAGUUGUGGUCUCUGUGCAGCACGACGAGAAUGUGAGUUUGGACGAGAUGUACCGCUGUCUGAAGGAGCAGGUGGUGAAAGCUGUGAUUCCCAGUGGAUACCUGGAUGAUGAAACCACAUAUCACCUGCAGCCUAGUGGACGCUUUGUCAUUGGAGGUCCACAGGGUGAUGCUGGUCUGACCGGCCGUAAGAUCAUUGUGGAUACUUACGGGGGUUGGGGUGCCCAUGGAGGCGGAGCAUUUUCCGGUAAGGACUACACAAAGGUGGAUCGCUCUGCUGCCUAUGCUGUACGCUGGGUGGCUAAAUCUCUGGUGAAAUCUGGGCUCUGCAAGCGGGUGUUGGUCCAGGUAUCCUAUGCAAUCGGAGUUGCACAUCCGCUGUCUAUCUCCAUCUUCCACUACGGGACCUCGCAGAAGAGCGAAAAGGAGCUGCUGGGCAUUGUUAUGAGGAACUUUGACCUCCGUCCAGGAGUAAUCGUGAGGGAUCUUGACCUGAGGAAGCCCAUCUACCAACGCACAGCAGCUUACGGUCACUUUGGUCGUGACGUCUUUUCAUGGGAGGUGCCCAAGACGCUGAAAUUCUGAGCCCCUUCUCUAAUGUUCAUGCAGGUGUAAUACAGAUAAACCUGUUUCUUUUGCUCUAUACUUCCCUUCCUCUUCCUCCUCCUUCCUUUUUUCUCCUCACACACACAAUCAUGUCACCACAGCCUCUCCUACAUGAUAAUCUGACCUUCCUCCACCUUUAAGUGUUGUACACAUUUUAAGGACAAAACAAUAGUAUGUCAGAUGCCAAGAUAUUAAAUUAAAAACAAAAUAUUUAAAGACGAUUUCCUAAAGGACCAUGUGAGUAUUAACCACCAUUGACUGUGUUUUGUAGGAAAAUAUCUAGCAUUGCUUAGCUUUUAAAUUGAGGACCUCAGUGAAGUAGUCAUUUUCCAUUUAACCUGAUUACGUUGGGGUAAUGGCUGUUUGGAAAGCCCUUGUCCAGUGUUAAAACCGCUUAUUUCCUUACAUGUGCCGUCCCUUCAGGCCACUUUUGUUCUGACGUUUUACAGAGAAGUCAGAAGCUGCUAAUGACCAUGUGGUCAUGUUGGGCUGCAUUGUGAAACCACUGCAUUUUUGUAAAUGAUCUUGUGGGUGUACGCCAUGUGAAUGUUCCAGAUGAUAGUUGUCAAGAUGAAAACGAGAUACACUUUUUCCCUCUCCUGAGACUGACACUGGGUGUAGCUACAGAGAAACCCAGGCUCUGUCACCUCUGGGGAGGGAGUGCCUUUAUCCACAGUUAUUACUUGAAAUAAUUUACACUAUGGAGUAAGACUACUGUGAGACUAAAAGGUAAAGCCAGGAGAAAAUGUGCGGUUUAAGUCGCACAUAUUUAGGGUUCUCUGACACAUACGAACAGAGAGCAGAUGCACAGAUGACCAAGACAAAGAACAGGCUGCUCAUUGAAUGUGAGACAUGGUACUACUGUUCACAUCUUCUCCGAGGUUUUUUUUUUUUUUGUGGAUUUGGGAUCAGAUAUGUUACUUAUAGCUUAGCACAGGUUCUGAUAGUCACCAAAACUAUGUUUCUUCAUGUGCAAUCUUUUCAACUGAUUGAGAUUGAAGUUGAAGAUUUUCUUUUACUUAAUUUAUAAAAAUAAAAAAACAAGCCUAUUCAUACUUUAAAACAAACUCCAGCAGCACAAGUCUGAUUCUUACGUGAAUCAAUUUGAAAUGUCUAAGGGUUUGUCGAAGUUUGCUUAGUCCUUGUUCUUUUUUAGGCAGGUUUAUGGAAUAAGCUUUAAUGCAGAUAAAUUGAGGAAACAUUUGGUUAGGUGAGACUUGCAAGAUUUAAGCCUGACCCACAGCACUGGCCUUUGUCAGGAUAGAUGUGCAACUGGAGAAGCAUCAAUCUUAAACUGCAAGCCUGAGUGAAAUAAGGAAACCAUAGCAUAGUCGAAUCACGUAGCUAGGUGGCACUGUUUACUUAUUUAUUAUACUGAUUUUUUUUUUUUCUACUCUGCUGAUGUCUUAUCUUAAGUUUGUGUCUUCUGGCACCACCCUGUGGGUACAUAAGCGUACUCCAGACAACCUUGUAUAGGGGCCAUUGUGUAGAUUGUGCUAAAAGCAUUCAAGGCCUCUCUUUUUGUGACCUUCUGAUGAAACAACACAUUCUCCCACAGAUGUUUUUUUUUUUUUACCAAUAUGUUUGCAUCCUCUUACUCAUCCACAGAGGAGACAAUUGAUUGGUUGGUGUUGUACAGAGAAACCAGCCUGUUUACAUGGUCUCCUGUGAAGGGUUUGAGGUUUUUUUUCUGUUAUAGAUACUGAUACUUUUUAAUUACUGGAAGUAAGUCUGUCAGUGUGGUUGCUGAUUGUGUAAAAGUGCCUUCUUUAACCCACUUCCUCCCAAAAUCACCCCUAACCUGUUGACCCUGUCCCACCCCCACCCAGCAUCCUCCCCCUUAUUUCUGUCCUGUGAUUGCACAUUUUCCCUAUUCAAUGAUUCAAAUCAAGGACCCUGUUUAUUGUUGAGUUUCUCUUUCUAAACUUCAAAUAAAGUGCACCCUUCUCUGUG